AUGAGAAUCACUGCUCUUCUGGCGUGCUGGGUGUCGAUUGCAUCUGCCGCCUUCGACCUGAACCGGGGCGGUGCGGUACUCAAAGCACCAGCAGGCGACUCGUUUGCCACCGUAACAGGCACCUUCACAGUGCCGAACCUAUCGGGCACAAACCGCCUCUCGAUUUGGGUGGGUAUUGGUGACACGCUUGAGCAAGACAAUGUUCUCGGUGGUGGAAUUGUGUACAACAGUACUCUUCGAAGCUUCUCCGCGUACUUUCCUGGUCCAGUGACAGACACUACUUCGAAUGUUCCUGUUGCCAACGGUAACUCUAUUACUGUAACUGUCAACGUGGCUACCGCUGGGGGUACCGUGACCAUCGAGAAUAAAACACAGAACAAAAGGACGACACAGACGCUCGCAGCUCCUAAUGGUGUAGAUCCAUCCGCCUUGACUGCUCUGGCGGCAGACUGGUUCGUUCAAGCAUAUCAAGUUAUCCCAGGCCAGCUGGUGGCCACGCCAAACUUUGGAACGGUGUCAUUUACUGCGGUUUCCGCGACUACUAAGAGCGGCGUGAACGUCCCGAUUUCUGGUGCAGGAAGAUACGAGAUACAAGGAACCAAUGUAUUCGAAAACGACUAUAUCAAGCACAGGGAUCUCGGUGCAGAGACAGACAGUGUAGAAGCAGGACUGUCGUUGUAUUGA